GAGACCAGCAUCAAAUAUUUAGAAGGACUUGAUCUUCAUGGACCACUUUCCAUCUCGGGAUUGCAGAAUAUGGUUCCUUCCAUGGCUGCUUUAGCGGUCAAUUUGAGAAGCAAGAUACACCUAAAGGAGUUAACAUUAGAAUGGUGCAUAGACAAUGAAAAAUCACCACAUGAUAAAGAUGUGCUGGAGAACUUUCAACCGCAUAAAAAUUUAAAAAAGCUAUCAAUUGUCAACUACGGUGGUAUUGAGUUUCCAAAUUGGCUUGCAGAUCAUUCGUUGUCCGAUUUAGUGUCCCUAGAGCUAAGGCAUUGCAAAUACUGUGUAUCCUUGCCAUCAAUUGGCCUCUUUCCAUCGCUCAAGUCACUGUCAAUUAUAGGGUUUCAUAAUAUAGUAGCUAUUGGUCCAGAAUUUUGUGGAAGUAGCUCUAAUGCUUCAUCCCUAGAAAUCUUGAGGUUUGGAGAUAUGAAGAGCUGGGAGGAAUGGAAGUGUGAACUUGUGUCACUAACUUUCCCUCAUCUUCAAGAGUUGAGCAUAGAAAAUUGUCCCAAAUUGAAAGGGCAACUUCCUCAACAACUUCCUUCUCUAAGGAUGCUAGUAAUUUCCAAUUGUGAGAAGCUUUUGUCUUCCAUUCCCCAGGAUCCAUCUCUAGAUAAAUUGGUUCUAAGAAAUUGCGGAAAUGAGCAGUUGGAGAGUCUUCCAUCAUCUCUAAAAGUCCUUGACAUUUCUGGAGGCUUCAAAAAUUUAUUAUCAGUUGAUAAAAUUAAGAAUGUCAUUGCCAAUUGUAACCUCGAAGAGUUGAAGUGUUCUGAUUCUCCCCACUUAGAAUUCCCAUUGUGCUAUUUUCAUAACUUCAUUCUUGAAAUGGAGAUAAGAGGGAGCUGUGACUCUCUCAAGUCUUUUCCUCUGGAUUUAUUCCCGAAGCUUCAAUCAUUGAAGUUGAUUGACUGCAAUAAUCUUGAAAUGAUGUCUGUUUCAGAGGGGAACCAUUUUUCUCUUGCAAACUUAUACAUUCGAAAGUGUCCUAGAUUUGUACGUUUUCCUGAAGGAGGGUUUUCGGCCCCCAAACUGGUAUUGUGUUGCAUCCAAGAAUUGAAGAAUUUGAAAUCACUACCAGAGAAGAUGCGCAUUUUCUUUCCCUCUCUCAUAUAUCUGGAAAUAAUAUGUUGCCCACAAGUGGAAUCAUUUUCAGAGGAAGGUUUCCCAUCAAAUCUCCAACAUCUUGAUGUCUUGGAAUGCCCGAAACUUGUAGCCUCUCGAAGGGGGUGGCAUCUGAGUAGGCUUACUUCGCUGCUUCACUUAGGGAUUGGAGAUGCAGAUGACGAGUCUCUUCCUGAUAUUGGACUACUUCCGCCUACUAUUACUUGUCUUUCAUUCCAUAACUGCCCAAAUCUUAGAUCAUUGGAACACAAAGGUCUUUGCCACUUAUCCUCUUUGGAAGGAUUGGGAUUUCGUGGCUGCCCUAAACUCCAGCACUUUCCAAAGGAGGGUUUGCCUAAUUCCCUUUGCAUGCUACUGAUUAUGGGCUGUCCCUUGCUCAAAAAGAAGAUCCAAAGACAAAAUGGAAAAUAUUGGGCAAUUAUUUCUCAUAUCCCUUUUUGUAGCAUUGAUGAUGAUGGAGUAGCAUUUUUAAGUGACCUUCUCACUCAUGAAGGCAUCAGUUUUCCCACUAAUGCUAUCCAUUCCGCAUUCACUCGUUAGAUACUCUUCAAAGGCUUCUUCAUUGAGAAUUCUAGCACUUUAAGGUGGGCUCAUUGCGAGAGCAGCAAGCCAGGCCGUUCUACUCAUAGUGGCAUGUUUACUUUACAGUGAAAGGUGGGUUCUUCAUUCAACAGAAGAAUAUGCAGAGGACAUAAUUGCUCAAACUGGACUCAAGAAGCCAUCAGACACAACACUAAAAAAAGUGGCUAAUGAGUUUUUCCAAGAAUCUCAAAGCACAGGACUCGACAUAUCUCAACCCCUUUUUAAGAAAGUCCAUAGAUGGCUCUUAUAUUGUGUCCACUGAACAUGAGAGACUCUUCUCCUCAUGUUGUCCAAUUGCUAAGGAAGGCCACCACUUUUUCCCUUUUAAUAUCAGAAGCAAAGUAGCACAUCCAACUGCUCAAUGUUCAUUCAUAAGUACAACUCCCAUGAAAUUGAUUGCCAAGAAGGUGGUGUGCUUUUAGUGCUGCUCAAAACCUAUCUUCCUCACAUUCUGAGAUUUUGUUAGUCUUUUAAAAGUUGAGUUUUUUAGCAGAUAUUGUAAGACAAUAACUUCCCUUCUUUCUUGAGUAAAAUUCUAGCUGUUUGGGGUUGCACUAGGAUGUAAUGGCAUCACUGCUGUAGAUAGUUUACUGGUGUCAUGGUUUCGGAUUGUAAAAACUUGAUUCCCUUCUUCAUUAAACUGUGGUUACUUACCGUGGAUAGAGAUUCUCUUGUUUUAUACUUGAGAAAUGAAUACAAGACUUUGAAAUUUGUGUCCAAA